CUUUACUGGGCAUGCUCUGACGUCUGACGGGUUUGUCUUUUCUUUUACUGGCCCACUUACUUCCUACUUCUCACAUUCCUGUCUCUGCUCUCGGUCUGUGAAACGACUCUCCCCUCCAACUGCAGACAUGUCGGACUUCUCAGAAGAUCAGAUUAUUGAGUUCAAAGAGGCUUUCCUCCUCUUCGACCGCACGGGCGAUGGCAAGAUCAGCUUUAGCCAGUGCGGGGACGUCAUGCGUGCUCUCGGCCAGAACCCCGUCAACGCCGAGGUGCUCAAGGUCUUGGGCAACCCCAAAGCCGAGGAGAUGAACCACAAGAUGCUGGACUUUGAGCAGUUCCUGCCCAUGCUGCAGGCCAUCGCCAAGAACAAGGACCAGGGCUCGUUUGAGGACUUUGUGGAGGGCCUGCGCGUCUUCGACAAGGAGGGCAACGGCACGGUCAUGGGCGCCGAGCUCCGCCAUGUCCUCACCACGUUGGGGGAGAAGAUGUCGGAGGAAGAGGUAGAGACGCUCUUAGCAGGACAUGAGGAUGCCAACGGCUGCAUCAACUACGAAGCGUUCGUUCGCCACAUCAUGUCUGGCUGAGUGCCGGAGCUCGUCAGGAUGGUCAUGAACGGUUGAAGAUGCAGGACCAUGGCAUUUUGUGCUUCUAUUAUUAUUAUUUCAUUCCCCUUUUUGCAUAAUUUUUUUUUUUUGUUUGUUUUCUGUGUGUUUAUUUUUUUUCCUGACACAUUUCUGUUGCAUGUGCACACCUUUUUCUUUUAUCCAUUCCCUGAAGCCAAUGCACCUCUCUUGAAGCCCCCGGCUCUCUUGCAUUGGUCCUCAUUUGGGUUUUCUUUUCAGAAGUGCCUUUAUCCCGCCCCGCCCCUCUCACUUUGACUCCUGCCCCUGCUGUCUUUGUCUUUUCUCCCCUGGCGCUCUGGAAUCAGACCUGCAUGAGAGAGAACCAUACUGUGUGCUGACACCAACCUGCAAUAAUAAUACCCUCCUUAGAUGCAGCACAGCCACCCCGUACUCCUGCUAAACGCCACAGUUCACUUGCAAUGCUUGCCCACUGGCAUGAGAAGGGUGUGUGUGUGUGUGUGUGCGUGAGUGUUUGUGUGUGUGAGAGAGAGCGAGUGAUCGAGAGACAAUGCCCCAGUGGCCUGGCCAAAUAUGGUCAGAACAGGCUCCGUCUGGUUCUCUCUUCAACACUCCCUCAUUGCCAGUGCUAUGCAGAAGAUCGAUGUCCGAGGCAACCAAUCAUGAAUUUGAAGUGAAGACCAAUUAAUCUCACAAAGGUUUUAUGUUCUUAAACCCCAUGUAAGAUUCCAUGUUUGAAUAAAAACAAACCUUUAACUGA